AUGCAAGUGGACGGCAAGCCUCCCGCUGUCACUAAGCGAUACUUGAUCAGCCUGCACUACCCAAAAUGUGAUGCAUUUCAAGGAAGACAAGGGGCCGUCCUCAACUACUUCACGCAGUCGUACGACCCAGUCAUCACAGCGAAUGAGCUGGCGGAGGCUGUCUACAAGACCGGCGAAGGCAAGUGGAGCACCGACGAAGCCACGUUCUUCAUCACGUUGCUCUCGAUCCCGCCGCUAUCUCUGCGCACGGUCGCCGCGGCCUACGUGGCCAAACACAGAGCAAACAACCAACCGGCCAUCUUGUACCGCUUGAACGUGCUCUUGGACCCGAUCGUCCCUACACCCCGAGAGAAUGAUGAGUAG